AAAAAAAGAAAAAAGAAAGAAAGGAAAGAAAAAGGGGGAAAAAAAGAAAAGAAAAAAAAAUGUCUUUUUUAAUUUCAUUUCUCUCUGAUCCUACAUUAAUUUGCCUGCUGUGUGCAGCAGCACUGUUAGCUGUGCUCUAUUUUUCAACCAGCUACAGAUACUCAGCUUUUAAAUUUCCUCCUGGUCCAACUCCUCUUCCGAUCAUUGGCAACCUGCACUUGGUGGAUCUUAGAAGGCAAGAUAAAUCACUAAUGAAGCUGGCGGAAAAAUAUGGCCCCAUCUUCACCCUCCACUUCGGGUUCCAGAAGGUUGUGGUCCUGACCGGGUACGAGGUUGUGCGGGAGGCGCUUGUGACCUACACAGAGGAGUUUGUAGACAGACCAUCCAUCCCAAUAUUUGACCAAAUUCAGAACGGAAACGGUCUGUUCUUCUCCAUCGGGGAGCUGUGGAGGACCACUCGAAGGUUCACCGUGUCCAGCAUGCGCAACCUCGGCAUGGGGAGAAAAGCGAUCGAAGGGAGGAUCUGCGAGGAGCUUCACUUCCUCAUCGAGAUGAUCAAAUCCUUCAAAGGGGAACCUUUCAGCCUGCCCUCCUUCAACUGCGCUCCCAUCAACAUCACCUUCAUCCUGCUCUUUGGGGACAGGUUUGACUACAAGGACCCAACGUUUCUCACCCUGUUAAGACUCAUAGAUGAAGUCAUGAUUCUUCUGGGAUCUCCAUAUUUGAAUUAUUUCAAUUUCUACCCCUUCCUCGGAUUUCUCUUCAAAACCCACAAGAUCAUGCUUAGCAAAAUAGAAGCCGUGCGCAGCAUCCUAAGGCAGUACAUGAAGGCAAGCAGGGAGGACGUCACUGAGAACAGCGUGAGGAGCUACAUCGAUGCACUGAUGUUCAAGCAGCAAGAGGAGAAAAACAAGAAAGACAGCCUCUUCCAUGAUGACAACUUAAUGGCAUCCAUCCUUGACCUGGUCAUGGCAGGAACAGAGACUAUAGCCACGACACUCCAGUGGUCCAUCCUGCUGAUGAUGAAAUACCCAGAGAUUCAAAAGAAGGUGCAGGAGGAGAUUGGGAGGACUGUCAAAGCAGGCAGCUGGGCCACGUACGAGGAUCGGAAGAACAUGCCCUUUACGAACGCGGUGCUGCACGAAGUGCAGAGGUUUAUCACCCUCCUGCCCCAUGUGCCCCGCUGCACUGCUGUGGACACCCACUUCAGGGGCUACUUCCUCCCCAAGGGUAUAAUUGUAAUCCCAUCACUCACCUCCGUGCUGCUGGAUAAGACACAAUGGGAGACACCACAUGAGUUCAACCCCAAUCACUUCCUUGAUGCUGAAGGGAAUUUUGUAAAGAGAGAGGCCUUCCUGCCCUUCUCCACAGGGAGAAGGAACUGCAUUGGAGAGAGCCUUGCCAAGAUGGAGCUGUUUGUCUUCUUUGUAGGGUUGCUGCAGACAUUUACUUUUCAACCUCAGCCAGGAGUUUCAGAGGCUGACUUGGACCUUACUGUCCCUCAGACGACCUUCACACUGAGGCCUCAGCCUCAGGCAACCUGUGCUGUCCUGCGUGAAUAACCACAGCUGUGCUGAAGAGCAGCCCAGCAAGUGGGGAAGCUGCUUUGACCCAGCUUAGCUCUGCUAGGACUCACCAUACCCCAUCCUGCCACAUCACCACCUGUCACAUCCCCUUCCCACUACCUCCAUCCAUUCCCGCUCCUCUCUCUCCACCACUUCAUCUGCUCCAUAGGUUGCUGACCCCCUCCUUGCUCCUGUGCUGUGAGGAGGUGCAUAUGAUCAGUUAGAAACCAUGCUCAUGGCUGGCAAUCACCUGCUUCUCAAGAGAGAUUGUGCAGGGAGUCAAUGGAGGAACCAAAGAGAUGGUCUGGUGAAGGGCCAUGAGUGGCAGGUGUGGCAGUCAGGCUCCCAUGGCUAAGCAGUGAGCUUCAUCACACUAAUCUGCCCCAAAAUCACAAGGAAAGCUGCACUGGAUUUGCUAAAAGCCACAGAAAUACACUAUGGCUCCAGCUGAGCCACCCAUUGGUGCCUCCUGAACUUUUCCAAGCUCCCUCAUUAUCCAUACCUUCUAGAAAAGUCCUACAAGGCUAAACAGCCAAGUCAAACACUGAGAGUGAAAAACAGAGAGGUUCACAUGGUGGGAGGACAAAGUUAUCUCUGCCUUGAAACUGUCCUGAAAGAUGCCCUAGAGUCUGAGUCUAUGAACCUGUUUAGAUAAGCAAGUGCUGCUACCAUCAAGUUCACAGUCAGGAUGAAACAUGACCUACUCUUCUAAGUUUGCUAGGUCACAAGGCCACUUGGUAUUUGUAGCAACAACUGAUCCCAAAAGGCUAAUGAUAGAGAAGAAUAAACCAGACUCAUUUCUA